AUGUCUGGUCAGAAAUGCCAAACAGUCUACCGUGUCUAUGCUUCGCUUUAUUUCAUUUUAGGCUUUGAUAAAGAUGAGAAUGAAUUUGCUAUGCUUGAGCUGAUCCAACGCUGUGUUGAAUCGUUGGAUAUAUAUUUUGAGAAAGUGACGGAACUCGAUCUGAUGUUCAACUUGGAAAAAGUACACAUAAUCUUAGAUGACACUAUCCUCAAAGGCAUUGUUUUGGAGACCAAUCAGGAUCGAAUAUUGGCUCCCAUUGACACACUUACCAAAUCUUCCAAUUGA